AUAAUGAUGCCUGUAGGUGUCAUCAAUGAAACAAAUGGCGACAAGUGCAAAGUUGAAAUGAAUCAUUUGAACGAAUAAACCGUAAAUUUCAAGGAUUUGUUUCGGAUAGCUAUUAGUCCUACGACGUCUGUUUGUUAUCAAGUAAAAUCAUACAUAUUUUAUACUCCCCGACGAAUGUAAGAGCAGUUUCCUACGGGUUUCUUCUAGAGAUCGAUAAAUUCGGGUCAAACGUCGAACCUUGCGCGCAGGUUCGCCUGUAGUGUGUAUUAUUUCUCCCGUCGAAGAUCUUCGACGUCAAAAGAUGUCCACGUCGGUGACAGCGAAACUUCAAGAUGACAUGAACAGUAUACCAUUGGCAGAUGAUGAUCCUCAGGUGAUUAUUCCUGAGGAAGAAGUUUUGGAUAAUAGCUGCCACAUAUCUGAUGCAUUGGGCAGAGGACGCAGCAUGGAUUCCAUUCCAUCUACAUUCACAAAUGGCAGCUGUAGCCCUAACAGUUUAGAUCCUGAUAUCAGUCCUGAUGAACAAGAAGAGAAGGCAAGAUUGAUAGCUCAAGUGCUUGAACUUCAAAAUACAUUAGAUGAUCUAUCACAGAGAGUAGACAGUGUAAAGGAAGAGAACCUAAAAUUGAGAAGUGAAAACCAAGUACUGAGCCAGUACAUUGAGAACCUGAUGUCAGCAUCCAGUGUUUUUCAAUCUACAAGCCCCAACACCAAGAAAAAGUGAAUUCACGUUGUUAAAGUAGAUAAAGAAAUAUGUUCGAGAAACAGGGAUCUUAAACUAAUGUGAUCUGUAAUCUUCUAUGAAAAGCAUGUACUCAUAUCUAUAAUCAUGACUGCCUUCUUUUACUCGAGAAAAAACAAAAUUAUUGUUGAUGCGAGAAUUUCCAAGAUAUCGUCUUUAUUUCAUCUGUAUGUGUUCUAUCGGUGGGUACAUACUUUUCAUGGGAGCGAAGUUUAUGAGCGAAGAUUACUUUAAAACAUUCGUUCGUAUUUAUCAUUCGAAUUUGAGCAUUGCAAUUUUUUCUUCAUUCACUGCAUAUGCUUCUUGCUUGUAGAACAACGCGCUUAUGAUUAUUAUCACCAAAGAAUUUCAUUUUGCAUUUAUGUAAAAGUAUCUUAUCAGCCAUGACAUUUAAUUUAUAAAAACAAAAAAAAAUCCAAAUAUUGCUUGUUGAGACGUGUGAUUGAAUAUUUCUAAUCGAAUAUUAUUUUUUUAACAUUAUUCGUUGAUACAUUCUUUUCAUUUUUCCUACAAAAGAAAUUAUAUUUAUGUUAACCAUUGGCGUUGUAUUUGAUAUUUACAAAUAAGAAGCGAGGGUAAUAAAUGUUUGUAGUUAUCGUAUUUAAUCAAACACCAACGUUUUUUAAUUGAAGCUUUCGCUUAAGGGUUUCGAUAUAUGCAAUGUAUGUAGGUGUACAAAAGAGAUAAGAAAUAGUUAUAUAUACAAGGUGUCCCAUGAAACUGGCCCAAGGUAUAUUCCUGAAAUGGUACAAGACAGAAAAAAAUGUCAUUAGAUAAAAUUAAAUAGUGUCGUAUGGAUCAUCGCGUAAUGCAUGUGUCGGCUCCAUUCGAUGCCAUUUAAUUUUGUCUUGGCCCAGUUACAUUGGACACUCGGUAUACAAUUAUUUAUAAAUAUAAAUAUAUGAUUAUAAUAUAUUAUGAUAUAAAUUAGCGUUCAUACGAAUGCUGCGAGCACAGUGUAAUUUUUCAUGCAUUUCUUGUAACGACUGAUUUCAAAAAUUCGAUCGACACUCUGCCUGCAGCAUAGUCGAUCAACGAUUAAUAUGAUUAAUAAAAAGAAAGAGAGAAAAAAAAAAGAAAGAAAUAUGUACUGCAAUAUAAAACUGCAACUUGCGAGAAAGUUUCAGUUGAAGGGCACAAGCAGAAUGCACAAUCUCAAAUUAUUCCAUUGUUGAGUAACACAGUGUUAUAAUAAACAUUAUAUUCUAUU